GUCGGAGAUCAUUACGUCACAUGGUUUUUGGCCAGGCAUAAGGAGGUAGCAACUAUUGUAUCGAAGGCCAUGGACCAUGAGCGCAUGCUAGUUCAGAAUCCUGAAAAAUCAGAAGAUUUCUUUAAGCACCUUACUGAAUGCCUGGCCAGCGACAAAAUUGAUCCUGAGGUCUUCUGGAACUUUGAUGAGAAGGGAUUUCAAAUGGGAAAAGGAGGAGGAGCCAAUGAACUAGUUAAAUCCCGAGUUCGGAUGAAAACUCUGGGGAAACGAAUGCAGCAGGGGAACCGAGAGUGGGUUACGUUGAUUGAGGCAGUCUCAGCUCUUGGAAAAGUUCUCCCUGCAUUUUACAUCUAUGCCGGCAAAGCCCACUAUGCUGGAUGGCAUAACAAAUCAGGAAUUGAUAGCAGAACUGUGUUUAGCUUCACAGAUAAUGGCUGGACUCAGGAUUACAUUGGCUUAAAAUAGCUGAAAAGCCACUUCGAUAUCUUCACUCCUCUGUAACCAGAAGUGGAGUUUAGUCCGUUCGGUUCAAGGAUUGUAACCGGAACUGGAGUUUAGUCUGUUCGGUUCAAGGAUUUGUUUUAUGUUUUGUUUUAUUUGUGGUUUAGAGUAUCCUUUGAUACUCAGUUUGUUUUAUUUGUGGUUUCGAAUAUCCUUUGAUACUCAGUUUGUUUUAUUUGUAGUUUCAAGUAUCCUUUGAUACUUAGUUUGUUUUACUUGUGGUUUCGAGUAUCCUUUGAUACUCAGUUUGUUUUAUUUGUGGUUUCGAGUAUUCUUUGAUACUCAGUUUGUUUUACUUGUGGUUUUCAGUAAGGAACAUAUGGGAACUCGCCCAUGCAGGACAUGGACGAAAUCUUGUAUUUAAAGACUGCUGAUUCCCUUAAAGAAACAGCACACUUCGACAGGCAGAGUAUUUCUAAUAUACUUGGUUGAACGGUUACCUCUUCAAGUCCCUAUUCUUUAUAUCUUUCUCUUGGAGCCUCCCUUAGUACAGUAUGCCCAUAGGUUGUAGAUCAACUUGUGUGCUACUCCUAUUGUACCCGGAAGCGUGAUUAGUACCUCGGUGCGAACACAUUACAUCCUCCAUCUAAACCUGGAAACAAAUACCUUCUACUCUGUGAUAACCACUCAUCUCAUGUUACCUAUGAGUUUCUUGAAUUCUGCUUAGCAAAGAAUAUUAUCUUAUUCUUCUUUCCAUCUCAUGCCACUCAUAUUUUACAACCUCUGGAUGUUGGUGUAUUC